CACAUAAGUGUUUCCACAAUGAUAGCUCAUGAAGUGGAUGACACAUUGAUUAGAUAUCUACAUUUUGUUUCUUUUAUUGUGUUGUCAGCACCAAUGAAGUAAUGUUAAGAGGAAUAUUCAUAUUCUAGCAUUCAUGUAAAUCUUGACAUCAUCAUCAUCAUCAUUAAUAUCUUCAUAAUCUUCAUGUUCAUUAUCAAGAUGUAUGAUUUCGAAAAACUGAAAUCGUUAUGCGAUAAUGGAUAAAGUGAAGAUUUUAUUCACGAAUUAAACCUGAUCACGAAAUCUACAAAUUUUUUUCGAAGUUCCCUCUUUUUGUAAUCGGUUCAACUCGACUUCUUUUAGGUGUAUGUAAAUGUACAUCGUUGUGUCCACAUGCUUAAGACAAUUUUAUAACAAACGAAAAAGAUAUACAAAGUAGCACCAAUCCGGUUUAUCUUAGAACUGUUAUCAGUUAUGAGAAUAACAUAUAUAUUCUACAGUGAUGUAAUCAAUUGUCCAUGGAAUGAAUCUACUGAAGUAUGAAUAGAUAUAUGUUGUAGUGAACUGAAUAAUCGAUAAUACACACCUGGAUUAACCUAAUUAAUUAUUUAACGAAUUCUGUGUUGACAACAUAGACACACACUAUGGAUGCUAACAAUGCUCUUAAACUAGGCAGACUAUUUCGUGUGCCUUAUGGAGGGGAAGGUGUUGAUUUUGUGGAUCAAUUAAAUUAUCAGUUUACAAGUGGUAUUAUUGUGAUGUUUAUUGUGUUGAUUGGAUUUCGCCAGUAUGUUGGCAAACCACUUCAUUGCUGGGUACCGCAGGAAUUCACUAGUUCAUGGGAAGACUAUGCAGAGAAUAUUUGUUGGGUGCAAAAUACCUACUUUUUAUUACCUAACGAAGCUAUACCAGAGGACGAUUUUGAAAUGCUCAGGGUGCGACAUAUUUCCUAUUACCAGUGGGUAGCUAUCGUUCUUGCUGGACAAGCUAUGAUGGCGUGGAUACCACAUGUUUUUUGGCGUGUAUGGUCAAAACGUGUGCCAGUAUUACUGAGAAAUGCGCGUGAAGCGGCUGUCCCAGAUAAAGAGCUUCGGCAUAAAGCAAUCAGUUGUCUUGUUGCAGCACUAGAAGAAAUUUCUGAAGCAUCAAAACGCUAUCGACGCGCACGGGGAGUAUUUCAUCGUUGUUUAGGUGGUACACCACCAACUACACGUAUUACUUUAAUAUUUCUUGUUGUACGCAUAUGUUUUAUCGCAAACAAUGUGGGUCAAAUUUAUGUUAUGAAACACUUUAUUGGAACAAAUGACACAUUGUUUGGUUUACAUGUAUUCCAAGAACUACUUGUUGGCAGUGAGUGGGAAGUUAGUGGUUUGUUUCCACGUGUAACAUAUUGUGACGUGAAAGUCAGGAAAUUGGGACAGUUGAAACCUGCAUCAUAUACUCUACAAUGUGUCCUUCCAGUCAAUUAUUUCAUUGAAAAAGUCUAUGUGUUUUUAUGGUUUUGGUAUAUAAUCUUGGCCAGUUUCACAGUAUUCAAUACAUUUAUAUGGAUUACCAAAUUAUGCAUACCCUACCGACGUGUACAUUUUAUCCGCCAAUAUUUGAAAGCCCUAAAACAACUUUCUCAUACAGAAGAAACGGAAUGUGCUAGAUUUGUGAAUAAUAAUUUAGGAUGUGAUGGAAUAUUUUUAUUGCAAGCAGUCAGUAAAAUAUCCAGUGAUUUAAUUGUGCUCGAUGUUACAGGUUUGUUGUGGAACAAUUAUCAGCGUGCUAAAAUUACAGGUACUGAAGAAGAUAUCGGUCGAUUCAUUGAAAGUAUCAAUCGAGUUUGAUACCAUUUAACGUUCGAUCUGUUGCAAUCAAGUUUCCUUCUUACUAUAAGAUUGAUUAUUUCUUCACCAUAUAUCCUAACGAAAUGUCACGUACACAACUGCAUAUCAAGAUUAUAAAUGUAUCCUUCUCAAUAAUUUAGUUUCUUUUGUAAUGCAGUGUUAGAAACAUGAUAAAUAAACUAGAAAUGGCAACUGACUUAUGUAUAUAAAAUUAUUUCUCUUUCAUUUUACUUUAUGCCUUCCAUUAUUUCUUUUUUGCUAAAAUCAUAAAAUAGUAUUAUUUUACUUUGAAAUCUUUGCUCAUUGGUUUAUUGAAUAUGAUCUACAACAACUUUGCCUCUUCCCAUAUAUUUCUCGUGUUAAUAGUCUUAUUAUUACUUAAUUAUUUAUUUCUUACUUCCUCUCACUGAAAACAAGUACCACUAUAAUUACUAAAUUAAAAAUAAUUUCCUAAAUAGCUUUGAGUGUAAUUGAAAUGCAUGAAAGUUGAAGCCAGUACAGUGAACUUGAUGAACCUAAAAUAUAUAACUUACUUAUCAGUUUGUCUGAUUACCUCUCAGAUACCUUCAUAUCAAAAUAGGAUAUAUGUGUAUGAUAAAAUAUCCAUAAAAAAAUAGAUAUGUAUGCAGUAAUGCACAUGAUAUACUUCUAUGUGCUCUCCCAAAACUUACGAAAUUCAUGACUGUAUCCCUAAUUGGCCAGAUUUUUACUUAACAUAUAAAUACAAUUUAUUUAUAUAGACAACAAUAUUCUUUCAAGUUUAUUCAUUUUGGUCAUGAAUAUUACAGAAGAGAAAUCAAUCUACAGUGUGAAAUUGUAAUACAUGAAUAAUUUAUAAUUUAUAAUUAAGAAACGUG